UUGUUUGGUUUGGACAGCAGACGCUCGCAAGGAAGAUGGCGCCCGACCAACAGACAAGGCAACAACAACAGGACGUCAUUCUGUCAACAACUUGACUCUUUUCUGAGUUUUGCCAGCCGUGCCGCCCUUGUCGUGGUUUACGGCUCGUCGCUCGUGCCUCGGAAGAACUCCCCCGAGAUCGGCUCGCCCAUGUCCUGAAGGAUUUAUAAUUUUCGGGGCCAGGACUCUGCGCAAAGAUGACGAGGGUGCGGGAGUGGGGCCUUCAGGACCGGCCGCUGAACACGGUCAAUUUUGAAAGCCCUUCGCACACGGGCACUCUGCUCAGCGGCCUGAACACUCUCCGGGCUAAAGGCUUCCUCCUCGACGUAACCCUGGUCGCGGACGGCGAAGCUUUCCAGGCUCAUCGUGUUGUGCUGGCAUCUUGCAGUGAUUACUUUCGAGCAAUGUUUACGGACGCAAUGAGAGAAUCAAGGCAGAGCAAAAUAUGUCUGAAUGGGGUUAGUGCUGCUGGCAUACGGCUCCUUUUGGAUUAUGCUUAUACCUCCAGGCUAGCCUUGAACCUUGCCAACAUUCAAGAUGUUCUCUCAGCAGCGAGUCACAUUCAAGUUGUGGCUGUUGUUGAGGCCUGUUCCAAUUAUUUACAGGCUCAACUUGAUUUGGAAAACUGUGUGGACAUUGUUACUAUUGCUGAAACCUACUCUCUUAGUCAACUUAGAAGGCGUGUGUACCGAUUUAUGUCUGCUCACCUUUGUGAAUUUUCACAAUCACCUGAUUUUCAUAGGCUAGCCUUACAGCAAUUGGAACAUCUUCUGAGCUGUGAUUUCCCUGUGGAUUGUCCAGAAAUUGAUGUCCUUCGUAUAGUGUUGCGAUGGCUUCAAGGAGUGGAGAACUUAAGUCAUACUCAAAGGGUCAAUUGUGCCCAGAGGCUUCUCCGAAGAGUUCAUUUUUCAGAGAUAUCUGCAUGGGAAGUUGAAAGUCUACUUGGGAAGAUGAAACAUAGUCCAGUGGACCAACAACUCUGUCGCCUCGUGGUGGCUGAAGCAUGCAGGCAGGGCCGUAUUCGUUCUUCCUCCCUUGCAACUUCAAGCCUAGGUUCCCUCACCUCUGGAGUUUCUUCCGCGUCUACCCCUGCGGGCUCUUGCAAUCUAGUGAACUCAAGAGGAAUGGAGCUGGCUGUCGUAAAAGUGGGUGGUUUUGGUUUAGCUGGUAUAACCAAUGAAAUUACAUAUUUUCUGCCAAGUGCUGGAAAAUGGAAGCACCUCACAACAAUACCCCAUGUUGAACAAUGUAAUUUUGGAACUGCUGUUCUGGAUAAUGAGUUGUAUGUGGUUGGAGGAUGUUUUAACCAAUCCCUGCAGGAAAACAUCCAUCCUUUUGGUUUCCGUUAUAGCCCACGUUCAAAUAAAUGGACAACCAUAUCUCCUAUGCAGCGUGAAAGAUGUCGUUUUUCUCUUAAUGUUGUAUUAGGACGUCUUUAUGCUAUUGGAGGAGCUAGUGAAAUGGAGGAUGAAAUUGCAGAUGAUGAGGUUAGUGCUUGUGAAUGUUACGAUCCUGAGACAGACAGCUGGGAAAGUGUUGAACCUCUGCCUGGCUUCCGAACCCAGCAUGCAGGAGUUUCAUGGACUAGACCGUCUGAUAACCUGCAUUGGCUAUUUGUAUCUGGUGGACUUGAUCGUGACCUUGUUCUUACAUCAAUGCGUCGCUAUGAUGCCUCCUCUGAUACCUGGAUAUCAAGGGCUCCCAUGCUGACCCCUCGAGCUGAUCAUGUCAUGUUGAGUAUAGGUGAUCGUCUAUAUGUUUGUGGUGGUUGGUAUGAAGAUGUUGAAACAGGAAACAGGGUCCUGGCUGACAAUAUAGAUGCUUAUGAUGUUAUGAAUGACACAUGGGAAACAAUUACAAAUGUCCCAACACCUCGGUACCAUGCUGGUAUUGUGGGAGUGGACUCAAAAAUUUAUUUCAUUGGUGGUUUCCUAAGUGAUGCAAUGUUUGACAGAGCUACAGCUGUGAUAGAAUCGUAUGAUUUGGAUACCCAUACGUGGAGCACUGGCGAUAAAUAUCCACAGGAUAUUUGGGAACACACAUGUGUGACUCUAUAUAUUCCAAGGUGUAGAGAUGACAUGGAAGUAAUGGCAGCAAACCAUGGCCGCUCAUAGUUCUAAUUGGUUCCAAUUUGGUUUCUAAGGGUGCAACCAUUAAUGAUGAUAAAGAAAAUAAUAGCAUCACAUUUUGUUAUCCUGGACAGGCCUGUGCCAUCACCUUGAAUGUUACAUCUGUACUAUGUGUGAAACUUUUAGUAUCCUUAUUGUUGCUUUUUCCAAGUGGCAGACCUCUGAUAAGUAUUUAUUGGAUACUGAUUUAUGCUGAAGGGGCACGUGUACAUUACUUCUCUAUAAAUUUAAUUUUUUUUUCCCUCUAAAUAGUGUGAUAGACCCUGUCUGUUUAUGUCUAUUACAUGCAUAAGCCGUGGGAAUGUGAACAUGUAAGAUUAUGCAAUACUUGUAACUCAAUUUUUUUGCUCAAAUCAUUUUAAGAACAUUGUAAAUUCUUAUUUAUUUUUUACUCAUAACUUUUUAAACAAAAAGGAACUUUAAUUGAGCAUGGCUUUCACCUCAGUAUUACCCUUAAUUUUAUUUUAGGUUCUUGAGGUGUAGGCAGCAUAAACUUGUUUUGCAGGUUGUUAAAUGUUUUCAUGAUUUUCAAGGAGACCUGAGAUGCUCUUUUUCUGUUCCUCUUUUUAAUCGACCACACAUAUUGUAGAAUGUAGCGAUUGAGGGAUAGAAUAUUGCGCUUUUCAUAAAAACCAUAGACUACAAAAUUUUAUAACAAACAGUAAUGCAGAAAAUCCAACUUCUUUGGUCCACAGACUUUUUAGAGAUUGGUUUUUAUUGAAAGCUGUUUGCAGCCUUCUAUCCCUUUUGUGAUUCAUAUUUGUACCAUGUGUAGAUAAAUUUUGAAGAGUUUUAUAUACAGUACUGUGGAGUUCAAUCGAAGAUGGGACUAAGCCGAGUCUUUUCUCUACUUUGCUUCAGUUAUAGACUGAUCUUCUAUCUAUAGAGAUUUUUCUGAAGAAACAAAUUUUGAAUUAUUUAAUCACAGACCUCUUAUCUCCACAUUAAUAUGACAAAAACUCUGCCUCUAAAGAGAGUUUUACAGAAAAGUAUUGUAGAUCUAGGAGAUGUGAGUAUCUGAUCACUUGCUCAGUACUGUUAUUUUUUUUCCUUUUAUACACUAUGCAGGCACUAUCUCCAAGAGGUGUUUCUGGAAAUUAUGCUGUUCUAUAAUUGUUAUUGGUGUUAUUUACCUCUAAGUUUGCUGUUUUCCUAAAAAUAUUGAAAAUAUUUUUAGCAGAAACUUUAAAUUGAAGGCUGUGUAUGAUUUUUGCAUAGUAUAAGUCAAGUGUAUUUUGUUUCAUCCACAUGACAUAAGUCUCUCUCACUGAAGAAACUAUAAACCAUAAGAGUGAGAUACCUUUAAAAGGUAUCUUCUCUAUGAGGUACCUUUGAAAGGUAUC